UCAUCAUCGCACCCGCAAACGGACGGCCAAACGGAAGUGGUCAAUCGAAGCCUCUCCACCCUCCUACGGGUCCUCGUGAAGAAAAACUUGAGGUCAUGGGAGGAGUGCCUUCCUCACGCCGAGUUCGCCUACAACCGCGCCAAGCACAAGACUACAUCAAGGAGCCCCUUCAUGGUCGUCUACGGCUUCGAACCUUACACGGCACUCGACAUACUUCCGCUUCCCCUCCACGAGCGCAUCAACAUGGACUUCGACAAGCGCGCCGCCGCCGUCAAGAAACUACAUGAAGAGACAAGGGCAACCAUACAAGCACAUGUUCUUCGUCAAGCCAACCACAUCAACGCCAAGAAGAAGGCAAGGAUAUUCGAAGAAGGAGACCUCGUUUGGAUCCACCUCCGGAAGGACCGGUUUCCCCAUGAGCGCAACUCCAAGCUCAAGCCAAGAGGAGAUGGCCCCUUCAAGGUCCUCAAGCGCAUCAAUGACAACGCUUACGUCAUCGACAUACCAACAUCCAAGUACUUGGUGAGCAACACGUUCAACGUCUCGGACUUGUCACCCUAUCAUGGAGAUGAGGAGGUGCAAGAGUCGAGGACGACUCUUUCCCAAGGGGGGGGAGAUGAUGUAGCCCCGGUCACCGACGUCGCUACACCAAGACCAACAAGUCCCCCUAGUGGACCGAUGACACGAGCCCGAGUCAAAGCUCUUCAUGAUGAGGUGAACUCGCUCCUCACCACCCUUGAUCUUGGUACCCCUUUGGAUGGAUUGCUACCUCAUGCCGACGUGCUAUGUGUCAUUAGGUACAAGGUGCAUCAAGACCCCGGAGAGGAGGAGACGCCAAGGUCAAGGGAGGGAGAGAAGCAGCUGGACAUGGAGAUGAUCAUGAAGCCGAAGCCGACGUCGCUCGAAGCGCUCCAAGGAAGAGACGGACGCUGGCCGGUCCAGGACCCGGUCAGACUGGACCCACAACCGGACGCCCCGGUCAUAGGCCCGGUCAACCGGGCGCAAACCGGCGCAGCUCCCUCGUACCGGACGACGACCGGACCCAGGACCGGAAACUUCGCAGAUUCCCGGUUUGCGCCCGGUCAACCGGACCCAGGACCGGACAGCCCGGUCACAGGCCCGGUCAGACCGGACCCAAACCGGAUCUGACGGGAAUGACCCACCAAACUGCCUUAACUUAUCCAUUCGCGUACCUGUUCGCCCUUGCUGGCCAUGUGUGCCUAUAUAAGUAGCCUGGACCCCUCC